UCCUUCGCCUCCUAGUCUCGCAAAAAGGCAGCGGCGCUCUCGCGAGGUUUCCCGAGGCGCCCCCUCCCCUCCCGCGCUUCCACUCCACUCCACUCCCCCUCACCCCUCCUCCCUGCCGGCUGCGCUCCUCCCUUUCCUCUUCCCUCCCCCUCUCGCUUUCUCGCUGCCGCCCCCGCCGGAUCUGUCUGUGUCUCUGUGCGAGGGGAGGGGGGGCUUGCUCGGCCCUGCGCACUGAGCGAUGUUUGGCCGCCAUCGCGGCGGCGGAGGAGGAGGCGAAGGAGGCUGAGGGAGCCACUGCUGCUGCCGCCACCGAGACUGAGAAGCGAGAGUGCCGCCUCCUGGGCCUGCCUCGCCUGGGCUCUUCGCUCGCCGCCGAGAGUGAAGGUCGACGCCGCCUAGAGGGGGCUUCUCCCCGACCCCUUACCCUCUCCCUUCCCCUGCCCCUCAGGAAGGGGGCUCCGCUCCCGCCGGGCCCGAAGAUGUCGAACCUGAGCAAGGGAACGGGUAGCCGGAAGGACACCAAGAUGCGGAUCCGAGCCUUCCCGAUGACCAUGGAUGAAAAAUAUGUAAACAGCAUUUGGGAUCUCCUGAAAAAUGCUAUCCAAGAGAUUCAACGUAAGAACAACAGUGGUCUCAGUUUUGAGGAACUGUAUAGGAAUGCAUAUACCAUGGUAUUACACAAGCAUGGAGAGAAACUCUACACUGGACUACGAGAAGUGGUUACUGAGCAUCUCAUAAACAAGGUGCGAGAAGAUGUGUUAAACUCAUUAAAUAACAACUUCCUCCAAACAUUAAACCAGGCAUGGAAUGAUCAUCAGACAGCUAUGGUGAUGAUUAGAGACAUUCUGAUGUAUAUGGACCGUGUAUAUGUUCAGCAAAAUAAUGUGGAGAAUGUCUACAAUCUGGGAUUAAUAAUCUUUCGAGAUCAAGUUGUACGUUAUGGGUGUAUUAGGGAUCAUCUACGGCAGACAUUGUUGGAUAUGAUUGCAAGGGAGCGAAAAGGAGAGGUUGUAGACAGGGGAGCCAUCAGAAAUGCUUGCCAGAUGUUAAUGAUUUUAGGUCUUGAAGGAAGAUCAGUCUAUGAAGAAGAUUUUGAAGCUCCUUUCUUAGAGAUGUCAGCAGAAUUUUUUCAGAUGGAAAGCCAGAAAUUUUUAGCAGAAAAUAGUGCUUCAGUUUAUAUUAAAAAAGUAGAAGCUAGAAUUAAUGAAGAAAUAGAACGUGUGAUGCACUGCCUUGAUAAAUCAACUGAAGAGCCAAUUGUAAAAGUUGUUGAGAGGGAGCUUAUUUCCAAGCAUAUGAAAACAAUAGUGGAAAUGGAAAACUCAGGACUGGUUCAUAUGCUGAAAAAUGGGAAAACUGAAGAUCUUGCUUGUAUGUACAAGUUGUUCAGUAGAGUGCCGAAUGGUUUAAAGACUAUGUGCGAGUGUAUGAGCUCCUACCUUAGGGAACAAGGUAAAGCGCUUGUAUCUGAAGAGGGUGAAGGAAAGAACCCAGUUGACUACAUUCAGGGUUUACUGGAUUUGAAGAGUCGGUUUGACCGUUUUCUCCAAGAAUCUUUCAACAAUGAUAGGCUUUUCAAACAAACUAUUGCAGGAGAUUUUGAGUAUUUCCUCAACCUCAACUCUAGAUCUCCAGAAUAUCUCUCAUUAUUUAUAGAUGACAAAUUGAAAAAAGGUGUCAAAGGAUUAACAGAACAAGAAGUAGAGACUAUAUUGGAUAAGGCAAUGGUUCUGUUUCGGUUCAUGCAAGAAAAAGAUGUAUUUGAACGAUACUACAAGCAGCACUUGGCAAGGAGGCUUCUGACAAACAAAAGUGUUUCAGAUGAUUCUGAGAAAAAUAUGAUAUCUAAGUUGAAGACUGAAUGUGGAUGUCAAUUCACAUCUAAACUGGAAGGAAUGUUCAGAGAUAUGAGCAUCUCAAACACAACAAUGGAUGAAUUUAGGCAACAUCUACAGGCUACAGGGGUCUCAUUAGGUGGUGUUGAUCUGACAGUGCGGGUUCUCACAACAGGCUACUGGCCUACUCAGUCGGCCACACCAAAGUGCAACAUUCCCCCAGCACCCAGACAUGCUUUUGAAAUAUUUAGGAGAUUUUAUUUAGCCAAACACAGUGGACGACAACUGACACUCCAGCAUCACAUGGGAUCAGCAGACCUCAAUGCCACCUUCUAUGGUCCUGUUAAAAAGGAAGAUGGCUCAGAAGUUGGUGUAGGAGGUGCCCAAGUAACUGGCUCCAACACACGGAAGCACAUAUUGCAAGUCUCCACUUUCCAAAUGACAAUACUAAUGCUCUUUAACAACAGAGAAAAAUACACUUUUGAGGAAAUACAACAGGAGACAGAUAUUCCUGAAAGAGAGCUUGUACGAGCAUUACAAUCCCUUGCGUGUGGAAAACCAACACAGCGGGUUCUCACAAAAGAACCCAAAUCAAAAGAAAUAGAAAAUGGACAUAUAUUUACAGUGAAUGACCAGUUCACAUCCAAACUGCACAGAGUCAAGAUUCAAACAGUUGCUGCCAAACAAGGAGAAUCAGACCCAGAAAGAAAAGAAACAAGACAGAAAGUAGAUGACGACAGAAAACAUGAGAUAGAGGCUGCUAUAGUGCGGAUAAUGAAAUCUAGGAAGAAGAUGCAGCAUAAUGUUCUAGUAGCAGAGGUAACUCAGCAACUGAAGGCACGAUUCCUACCAAGUCCAGUUGUUAUUAAAAAGCGUAUUGAAGGACUUAUUGAGCGAGAAUAUUUGGCACGAACACCUGAGGACCGCAAAGUAUACACUUAUGUAGCAUAAAGUGUGUUCCACAAAUAUGAUUUAUUCUUGGACUAUACUCUUCGCAUGAACUGGGAAGUUCUUUUAAAUCAUUAAAUAUUAAGACGACCAUCUCUUCUAUUAAAUUACAAUACAUGUUCUAGACCAUUCAGAUCAAGCCUUUGCUCCUUCGGAGAGUUUUCAACAUCAGAUUGAUUGAGCUUCAAGCUUCUCAGCGUUUAUCCCUGUAGAGAUCAUCCUUACAGUUCCUCGGGAAAAUGUGAAUGUGCCGCGUUUUUGUUUUCAAUACUGUAUGAAAACAGGAAAAAAAAUAAAAACAAAUUUAGAAAAUACAGCUCAUUAAAAACAAAAUUGUUGGAAUUUCAUUUCCCCAGAUCUUCAGUGUUGAUGUAAAUGUGUUUUCUGUAGUGUUGCUUAGCACUUUGCGCAUUGUAUACGUUGGGUUACAAAAAACAAACAACAACACAGCUGAGCUGGUAAGACCGAAUUCUCAGUACUACUGCUCUGCUUUGGACAUUUCUUUAGAGGCAUAUUUAAUUUAAAUAUUUGGCAAAUUUAUGAAGACCUGAGAACAUGGUUUUAGCAUGCUUUACUUCUUCACCUGCACUCUCACCCCAUUUUCCAGCUAAUAAUACAAUCAGGAAUAUUUUUGGGGCACAGUUAUGGGCUGUAGUAUUUGGCCUUCCCUCUGUAACUCGAGUUUUCAAAAUUUAUAUACAGAUUAGGUUUACUCUGGUUCCUUCAUAGGAGAAAUGGAAAUCAGUUGUGUAUAAACUGUAUGAUACUUUUUGCUGUUGUACUCACUGCUCAUAGUGGAUUGUACAGAGCGACAUUUUUCACUCAAUGUAGACAACAAAUUUAAAAUAAAUGGAUUUAGUGUACACAGAGCAUUAAUUCAAAUGUAUCAGAACACAGGGAUGGCAGUUCAUUAAAACAGAUUCUGUCCCUUGGAGAAGUGCAUCAGCCUACACUCUAUUCCUGAGGUAGUGGGGGUUUGUGGCUUUUAUUUGAUUUCCCACUUUUGAGAAGGUUCAAGUGAAGCCAUUGUGCACUAUUAUUAAUUUACUGUUUUAAAAUGCAAUCUAAAAAUGCAAUAAAUAUUGUUACUUUGAUCUUAA